AUGAACGAGGAGGGUGAUAACCGGAAAGAGAAGUCAACGAAAGGGUCGGUUGUCCUGGGCUACGUAUUUCGUCACUUAAACCUAGUGGAGAUAGAUUACUUUGGACUGCGCUACUGUGACCGAAGUCAUCAAACGUACUGGCUGGAUCCUGCAAAGACCCUUGCUGAACAUAAAGAAUUGAUAAACACUGGACCACCAUACACUCUGUAUUUUGGCAUUAAAUUCUAUGCAGAGGAUCCGUGUAAACUUAAAGAAGAAAUAACAAGGUAUCAGUUUUUCUUGCAGGUCAAGCAAGAUGUUUUACAGGGCCGCUUGCCUUGUCCAAUCAACACCGCAGCACAGCUGGGAGCAUAUGUAAUUCAGUCUGAGCUGGGGGACUAUGACCCGUAUAAGCACACUGCAGGAUACGUCUCAGAGUACCGCUUUGUUCCAGACCAGAAGGAAGAGCUGGAGGAUGCCAUAGAGCGGAUACACAAAACUCUGAUCGGUUGCGUACCUGUCCACCAAAAGUGCAAAGUUCUUACAGAAAAUUUUAUUUACUACUUGGGGGUGGCCAAAUCCCUGGAAAUGUACGGAGUGGAUCUCCAUCCUGUUUAUGGUGAAAACAAAUCUGAGUAUUUUUUAGGAUUGACGCCCAUAGGAGUUGUUGUCUACAAGAAUAAAAAACAAGUAGGAAAAUAUUUCUGGCCUAGAAUUACAAAAGUUCACUUCAAGGAAACACAGUUUGAACUGAGAGUCCUGGGAAAAGAUUGCAAUGAAACUUCCUUCUUUUUUGAAGCACGUAACAAGAUCACAUGCAAACAUCUCUGGAAAUGCUGCGUAGAACAUCAUACUUUUUUCAGAGUACCAGAGAAUGAAUCAAACUCUCUGUCAAGAAAAUUCAGCAAGUUUGGAUCCAUAGGCUAUAAACAUCGGUACAGUGGCAGGACAUCUUUGCAAAUGACCAGAGACCCUUCUGUGCAGCUCCCGCGGCCUGACCAGUGCAUUGAAAGAAGUCGCAGCAAGACUUACCCCAAAAGAACACAACAGACCGGAUCUAAGAACAUGAGCCAGAUUACAACAAAUGGGGAAAAGGAAGCAACUACCAAAAUUAUUGCACCUUCCCCUGUGAAAAGCUUUAAAAAGAUGAAAAAUGAAAACAGUCCAGAAACCCAAAGAAGUAAAACAAGCGCACCGUGGGAGGAAAAUGGCCCACAGAGUGGGCUGUAUAAUUCUCCCAGUGACCGCAAUAAAUCACCAAAAUUUCCUUACUCGCGGCGACGGAACCCAUCAGGUGGCAGCGAGAAUGAGUGUGGACAGCCAGUCCGGAGGAGGAAAAAUCAAAACAGUGGCGAAGAUUCAGAUUUAAAGCAAAGGAGAAGAUCACGGUCUCGCUGUAACACCAGCAGUGGCAGUGAAUCAGAAAAUUCCAACAGAGAACACCGGAAGAAGAGAAACAGAUUACGGCAAGAGAAUGACAUGGUUGACUCGGCUCCCCAGUGGGAAGCUGUGCUACGGCGACAGAAGGAGAAAAACCAGGCAGAUCCAAACUACCGUCGAUCCAGGCACAGAUCUCGAUCGAGAAGCCCAGAUGUACAAGCUAAGGAAGAACUGUGGAAACAUAUUCAGAAGGAGCUUGUGGAUCCAUCUGGCCUGUCUGAGGAGCAAUUGAAAGAAAUUCCGUACACUAAAAUAGAGACUCAAGGAGACCCGAUCCGCAUUAGGCACUCACAUUCCCCUCGAAGCUACCGUCAGUAUCGGCGGUCCCAGUGUUCUGAUGGUGAAAGAUCUGUCCUGUCUGAAGUGAAUGCGAAAACUGAUCUGGUGCCUCCACUGCCUGUUACGCGAUCUUCUGAUGCAAAAGGUCCCAGCAUCCAGUUGACUCAGCAGAGACAGAAUGGAUCUAAAGACAGCCUAAUAGAUGAAACAUCUCAGCUAUCCACUAACAACAUCGACGGAAAACCCACCACUAAGAUCAUAAAAACUGUACAGGUGUCACGCUUCAAGGUGGAGACCUGA